UUGCGAAGGUGAGUGGAGCCAUGGCUGGCGAGAGCUCACGGUCAUGUCGGAGUAGGUCGUCUGCGCAGAAGAGGGAGCUUGUGUAUCGACAUGGGGAGAGACCCGUGCUUAGAGUUUUGGGAACGAGGAACAACUCUGGGCGACGAUUUUGGGGGUGUGUCUACUAUGAGGAUCCAAGAGGAGUGUGAUUUUUUUCGAUGGGCAGACCCAGAAGCAGACAGUGACGAUCCUCAUGUUGCAAGGAUGAAGAGGAAAGUUGGGGCCCUGAAAGCAAAAGUGAGGGACAUUAAGUGGAAGUUCAAUGUUGCUGCAAUGUUAGGAAUUUUUGGGUGGGUUGUUUUAUUUUUGGGUGGGUUGUUUUAUUUUGCUUCUGGUGGCAGAUUUAAUUUAAUCAGAGGCAGGGAGUUGCAUGUGUGAUGCCGUUGAAGUAUGAUUGAUGAAAUUAGGGGAGAAUUUAAGGUGCAGUUUGGAUUUGUCUGAUUGGGUAUGUGUUAUGUAAAUUGAGUUGUAUUGAGUUAUACUGGGUGUUGAAUGAACAUGUGGGUUUGGUUUAGGAUU